AUGGAGUUUUGCCGGCAUUUCUACAAUCAGUUCAACGACUCCCUUCGUGGAUUUGAUCACAGAACCUCCAAUACGACAUGGAGCCAGUACGUACAGAUGUGUAACUCCACCCGACGAGGCAACAUCAGCCAGGUCAACGACUUCAUCAUCCUCCCCUACCUCCUCAUCUUUCUCUUGUCGGUGGUUGGGAACACUUUGGUGAUACUGACUCUGGUGAGGCACAAGAAGAUGAGGACAGUUACCAACAUGUUUCUGUUAAACCUGGCCAUCAGUGACCUCCUCCUGGCUGUGUUCUGUAUGCCCUUUACUCUGAUACCCAUGAUGAUGGAGAGAUUUAUUUUCGGUCCUGUCGUUUGUAAGCUCAUCAGAUACGCCCAGGCGGUGUCCGUUGGAGUCAGCUGCGCCACUUUGGUAGCCAUUUCCAUCGAGAGAUUUUACGCCAUCUGCCAGCCGUUGAAGUCUCGCAGGUGGCAAACGCUGAGCCAUUCCUACAAAGUGAUCCUGGCCAUCUGGCUCGUCUUCGCGACUCUGAUGGUACCUAUUGCCGUGUUCAACAAACUUCUGGAGCUAAACAACGGCGCCUACGCUUGCAGGGAGAUCUGGCCCAUCCAUGUGAUGGAGUGCCUGUACACGAUCCUCCUGGACAUCGUCCUCCUCGUCUUGCCCUUGUUUCUCAUGGGUUAUUCCUACGGCCGAAUCUCCAAAGACUUGUGGUCAGAGGUCAGCCUAACGGCCGGUUCUGAACCCAGCGACGUCGUAGAGAAACAAAAUGGCUACACGUCACCUCAGAACAAGUCACCCUUGCUCCCAAGGCGGCAAAUCGCUAGAAGCAUCUCAACGGAAUCAUCUAGCGGCAAAUGCCAACUGGAAGUCUUACGUCCGGCCUACUACUGCCGAGUCUUAGCCAACAAGAAGAGGGUUGUCAAGAUGCUUUGUGUUGUCGUUUUGGAAUAUUUCAUUUGCUGGACUCCCUUGUUCGUCUUGAAUUCGUGGACCGUUUUAAAUUACGUCAGUGCCCGAGAAAAUAUAACGCCAUUACUGAAAACAAUAAUCCUACUUCUGUCGUACUUGUCCUCCUGCAUACACCCAAUCACUUACUGUUUCAUGAACCGAAGGUUUCGCCAAAGUUUUGCAGACGUCUUCAGGUGUUGCUUUCGGAAGAAACUGUCUUCGGCUUUCUUCAGCGUAGCAACGGGUGUUAGUGACCGUGCCGAUACGCUGAACACAAGGCAAAGUCCUAGGCAUGUAAAAAUUACGUGGAAACGUAAAUCGUAA